UAGGGCUUUUUUUAUGUCCAGGACUUUAAUUCAAGGAGAUAAGAAAGCAGGAUUUACGAUUUUUUGGGCUGAUGAUGGUUUGGAUACUGGACCAAUCCUUCUGCAGCGAGAAUGUGAUGUUGGCCAAAACGAUACUGUGGAUGACCUGUAUAACCGGUUUCUGUUCCCAGAAGGAAUAAAGGCUAUGGUGGAAGCGGUACAUCUAAUUGCUAAUGGCAAGGCCCCUCGUAUACCUCAGCCUAAAGAAGGGGCAACAUAUGAAGGGAUCCAGAAAAAGGAAAAUGCAGAGAUCACCUGGGAUCAACCUGCAGCAACUUUGCACAAUUGGAUUCGAGGGCAUGAUAAAGUGCCUGGAGCAUGGGCAACAAUAGAUGGCCAGGUCGUUACUUUCUACGGGUCAUCAUUACUUGAUGCUUCAGUGCCUGCUGGACAAGAGCUGGCAAUAAAAGGUGCUUCAAGACCUGGACUUGUAACCAAGAAUGGUCUAGUCAUUUUUGGUAAUGAUGGGAAAAUGGUACUAGUGAGAAAUCUGCAAUUUGAGGAUGGAAAAAUGAUUCCUGCAUCUAAAUACUUCUCUGCUGAUGAAACAACUGCCUUGGAACUUACAGAAGAGGAGAAAAAGAUGGCAGAAGAUAUUAGGGCUAUUUGGAAUGGAAUUUUGAGCAAUGUUGCUGUAAUUGAGGAUUCCACAGACUUCUUCAAAUCUGGAGCAUCUUCUAUGCAUGUUGUCAGAAUGCUAGAAGAGAUCAAACAGAAAUACAGUGGACUUCAACUACAGAAUGAAGAUGUGUAUAUGGCCACUAAGUUUGCAGACUUUAUUCAAAUGGCUGUCAGAAAAUUCAGAGGAGAAGAUAAGGAAGAAGAGUUAGUCAUUGAUUAUGUUUCAAAACAUAUGAACAACAUGACUGUGAAUAUGCCAUACCAGUGUUUCAUAAAUGGGCAAUUUGUAAAUGCUGAUGAUGGAAAAACAUAUGACACCGUAAAUCCAGCAGAUGGAUCAAUAAUAGCCAGUGUAUCUUCUGCUUCAUUGGCUGAUGUUGACAAGGCAGUGGCAGCAGCGAAGGAGGCAUUUGAAAAUGGUGAAUGGGGAAGGAUGAAUGCAAGGGAAAUGUACAG